AUGGAUAGAAUUCCUGAGGACCUUCCAUACUGCAUCGAAGGAGAAACCCAGGUGGGGGAAGAUUUCUACCUCAGAUAUGGCACAAUCGAACUCCGAACGGUCCUGGGAAACCUCAACCGCAUAGGGAUUGCAAACCUCCGGAAGUCACAAGAGGUCAUUAUCUCCAACCAUGUCCGCGGGAAUGACCUCGAGAUUACCGGAGGAGCGGCUCAAGGACGCACCACAGCUGUUCUAGUUAGUCUCGUGGCUGUUGUUGGUGAGCUAGUCAACGCUUCAGAUGUCGAGGGCCCUCAUGCCCUCUACAUCGCACCAACUCAUGAACAAACGACGAAGGCAUUUGAAAUUAUCAGUAUCCUGGCCAGGGCAAUUGGACUUGGUGUUUGUUGUUUAACCACUACUAACACAAAUACAGAGGACGCGGAUUUUGUGUCCCUACGAGACUACAAUAUCGUGGUCUCAACACCGGGGCUGGUCCUCAAGAUGGAGGGCAAGUCCCGGUUCUUGAGUAUGGUGAGAUAUCUGGUAGUUGACGAUGCUCACAUGUCUGUCGUCGGCCGAGGUGGAGCAGCAGUCCAUACACGAAAUGUGCUAAAAACCAUGCAAGAUGACCACCACCCGGACCUUGUCACCACAAUCAUAUCAAAUGAAAGACUUGGUCCUUUUAUCCGGUACCUAAGGUCUCAAACACAUGUUACUUUGCAGAUCUUAGGUACCCGGGCGAUGCUUAGCUUGUCAUACGUGCCCAUAACAGGCAACAGGUCAGAAACAAUACAGCGGAUCGUGUCAGAAUGCUGUCAGAAUGAGAAGGUCGUCAUCUUUGUCGCUCGCAUCAAGCAAGGCGAGUCGCUUGUAAGCUCGCUCCAAGGCGCCGGACUAUCCGCUCGCAUCACUCACAAUGGAAAAGCCAUGAACGAGCGGUUGAUGAUAAUACAAGAAUUCAAUGAGGGGAGAUGCCGGGUCCUCAUUACAUGUCGCAUUGGACUGUCGGGUAUAUCUCUACAAGCUGUCAACAGUGUCAUUCUAGAUAGACCCCCUGAGGGUUGGGAUGAUUUCCUCGCCGCAGUCCAUAAGGCUGGUCUCGUUCAGGAUGGUAAAGCUUACCUGAUAUUGGACAGAGAUAAUGAGCCUGAGGUUGAGCGAUUCCAAGCUAUACUGGCCAACUUCCAUCGGAUCAAGAAUGGGGCAGCAGCUUCUCAAGUGAUCAAGAAAUCCACCCAACCUACCUUUGGGCCAAGCGUCACGACUACCAGACUUAUUGUUCGAGGCUUUCCAUGGUCGAAAACAUGUUCACAGAUCAUGGAAAUGUUUCCUUUUGAAUACAGACCACUCAGUAUUGACCUCCCGACAAAUUCUGUUCGUCCCGACACUGAGUCAUUGACUGGUGUCCGGAGGAUUUACUUUCAAUUCCAUACAGCCGAGAGAGCGCAACAGUUCAAGGAGCGCUACAACGUGAUCAGUCUUCUCGAGCGCCGCGUCGUCCUGCCAUCCCUCAACCACAUACACAGUCGCACGAGCCAGGCAUACAUGUCCGUCCUGCUGAGUCUCGACCACAUCCUCAAAACCACCGUCGCGCUAGUCGGUCGCCUUAUCCGCGUACACAGGGUGCCCUGGGGCGUCAUUCUGUCAGUCAUCCGAGAUGAGCUGUCCAGAGAUGGAAUCAAUAAAGUUCGAAUUUUACUGAUACGUUUCAUUGACAUCUUUUCCUGA